CCCUCCACAGCCUCCACCCGUGCCCAUCAAACGAAAAGAAGACAGACACAAAUAGGGUUAGGAAGGGGACGCGGCGGCGGCGGAAAGCGAGAGGGGAGGGAAGAGGAAGUCGUCGGAGAUGACGGGGAAGGCGAAGCCAAAGAAGCACACGGCGAAGGAGAUCGCUGCGAAGAUCGACGCGGCGACGACGAACCGCGGCGGCGGCAAGGCGGGGCAGAAGGACCGGCUGGGGCAGGAGAAAGGGGGGCACGCCAAGCUCGAGUGUCCGCUCUGCAAGGUCACCGCCCCCGACGUCAAGUCUAUGCAGAUCCACCAUGAGGCGCGCCACCCCAAGCUCCCCUUCGACCCGGAGAAGAUCAACAACCUCCACUCGUCCCCGGCCGCUGCGCCGGAGGUCGCGUCUAGCUCCAAGCCCAAGCCCGGCGUCCGCGGCAGUCUCAAGAAGACGGGCGAUGAACAGAAAUGAGGCCUUCAAAGCUUCAAGUGCCUCUUAUAAGUCUCUGUUUGCAAUCGCAGUGGAUUAUGACUAUCUCGUUUGGUUGGUCGUUUUAGAUAUUUGGCUUGCUUCUUUUAAUGAAGUUGUAAUCUGAUAUAUUAUGGCCUUCAGAACAUAUGAGAUGACCUUAAACUAAGCCUAAAUAACGGAGUUUGUAUCAUCUGUCUGGUGUGUAGAGUGAAACUACUGUUGGGAUUACAGACUGACUCACCAUCCUCUACUUAAAAGUACUUUUUAAAGCUGAUGAA